GCGCUACUCAUCGGGUACUCCGAUCACCCGUUCUUCUAUCGUGUCGUAGUUGACCUUACAUCCGGUAAAUACGACACUACCGCAUUUGGUGAUCCUUCAUUCGGAUACAACUCCAUCAUCGAGCCUUUCUUUGCAGCUCAGCCAGAUGAUUACAGUUUCAUCAUCACUGGUGAUCUGCAAGGUUCCGUUGGCAUUUACGAUUGGGACACUCCGCAAACAUCUUCUCCCAUCGUACCUGCUCGCAGAUUCGAGGCUCACGAAGAUGGUGCCGUGACUGCGCUUGGUUGGAGCUCGGUUGUUCUUGCCACAGGCUCUACACGCGGCACAACGACCGUAUGGGACGCGCUCACCUUGGAGCCUCUUAGGCUCUUUUCGUCCCCAGUCCUGCGUGCUGCACCAGGUCGCGAAUUUGGAGGCGUCAGCAGGAUUGUGAUUAAACAGGAACUUUUGGUCAUUAUCGCUAACAAUCGGGUAAUGUCAUGGAAGGUGGGACAAGUACACCACCGCGAAGCUCCGCACAAAGUGAAACAUGCUCGUGCGAGGAACCCAAUUCCCAAAGGACAACGCAUGCACCGAUACGAUUUGCACAGGGUUAUCAAAGAAUCCAAACGUGAACUGGAACAGGAGAAUGCUUAUGCGCGACGUACCAUGGGGCGAGAACGCGAGCAACGUUCCACUCUGAACAUGCUUGGACUGUCGGAGUCAGAGGCAAUAGAAUAUGUACUGAUGCUCUCCCGCGAGGAAGAAAAGCGUCGCCGAGUUUCCCAUACCAUCGAUGAAGGUGUCUUCGAGGGUGACUUUGAAGACGAAAUGUUCUUACCAGUCGCUUCAAGUUCUUUAACAAGCCAUGGUCCUGCAUUGCCGGCUUCGAACCAGUCUUUCCCAAGUUUGCUUGACGAUCACCAUUCCCGCACCUAUCCACGUGCCGCACGUCCCAUGACGGAUGAGAAAGUACAGGUGUCUCCUGUCUUCGUCCCGGAACCUAUGGAAGCCGGCAUCACCAUAAGCCCACUCAGGAUACCUGCAUCCCUGCCAGGUUCUUUGACGAGUACAAGGUCUUUACCGGACGUGGCUCGCAGCACGUCGUCCUCUUUCGAACACUUUGCCUCGAUCAGUUCUAGCAUUUCCUCAUCGACCAGCAGCCUAGAACACAGUUGUUCGGCGUGGAGUACACCCUUACGGUCGCCGCCUUCAUCCCCACAUGUUGGCACACCUAUCUUGCGCACGUCUUCUACAAGCACAGAAAAUCAUGAUAGGCAGUGUGAGGAAGAGCUCCGGGCUACCCCAGAUUUAGAUGAAAUGGACGCGGAUUUGAAAUUUGCGAUUGAGUUGAGUCUUGCGGAAGCGCGUAGUCGAGGCGAGGUUUGA